AUGGUGGUGGAGUGGCUGAAGAAGAGGAGAAAGGACACCAAGUUCUGUCCCUCUCUGCGCAGGCUGCUGGGCAGCCACAAAUUCACAACGCUCGCGAUCUGCAUCAUCUCCAUCAACGCCAUCUCCCUGGCUGUGGAGACCACCUCCCGCUGCCGGUGGUGCUGGGGUACCUUUUUCGAGGUCACAGAUGCCUUCUUCGUCGCUGUUUCCACCACCGAGCUUUUGCUGAAGCUGUAUGCAGCCCCCAUCACCUGCUGGAAGAGCGGAUCCAACAUCUCAGACGCUGCCAUCCUCCUCAUUGCCUUCCUCCCACACGUCUUGCCCGUGGACAUCACCCCUCGUACGCACCCGGAGGGGACGACCAAAGAGACUCUUGGCCACACGGUACAGACAGUGAUGUAUGCCCUUAUCCUGCUAUUCCUGCUGAUGUUCGUGUUUGCCAUUUUGAGACGUGGAUGGUAUGGAGAUCCCAAAACUGGAGACGCUGAAAGCUGGGGCAGCUUGAAGGCUGCCUUCUUCACGCUCUUCAAUUUAGUAACCGUUGAUGGUUGGACAGACUUACAGCGUGAGGUGGAUCAUUAAGGGUUUACGAGCAGCCACGUGUUCAUAGUCAUGUUCAUCUUGCUGGGCAACUUCAUCAUCUUCAAUAUAUUGAUUGCACUUCUGAUUACCAGAACCCAGGUCAUACGAACUCUGUGCAUUGAGUCUGUGAGCGGUGCUCGGGGACUCACUCGCAUCCCUGUGGUUUGGCAUUGGCAGGACUUGACUCAGAAGUAUGAACAGGACUGCAAAGCAGCGAAGGCGGCUGCUGUUUGGGCCAAGAAACAGAAGAUCCUGAAAAAGGAGGGGAAGAAUGUGAGCAACCAAGUCACGCUGGAGCAGCACAAAAUCACUCAAGGUGAAGAUUUCAGCGAGCUGCUGGACGACAUCAAAAAGACUUUGCGCCACUUCAAUAUCAUCAUUACAGAGGGUCUUUGUUUUACCAUCCCAUUUAUUGAUCUGUAUUUGCCGUUCCUGGACCUCCAGGAUGACACACUGAACAGCUUCUUCCCCGUGUGUGACUUGCAAGGACUCAGCAAAGGCUCCCUGGGCAUCCCGGUCCUCGGCUCCCUCUGCGGCACCUGGGAGCAUAACUCCACGCACUUCCAGACUUGCCUUGCCAGUCUUUGCCACCUUAUGGUCCGCUGA